AGACUCACUUCAGCUGUGGAGGCUCGGUUCCCAGUCAUCCCGGCGGCCGAACGAGUCUCCGCUCGCUAGCUCCUCAACUACCUCAUUCACCCCCUCAUGGGAGUAAUUAUGGCGGGUAGUUGGCACAAUAUCGCCCUAGUUUCAUGGGGAAUGUACCACAACGACCACCGGUGGCACCUCUGUGACCUCAUUCACCUCCCUCAUGGGGGUGAUUAUAGGGGUGAAUAAUGAACAAUGUGGUCGGUGAGGAGGAGACUGGAGGCCAACACCUUUUGUCACUACGACCGCUUGCUCAUGCCUCCACCGGUCACAUGAGAGCAUCCCAUAGCACCCUCGGGCAGGAGGAGGAGGAGGUGGUCACCCUCGAGGAGACUGACGGGGACCCACUCUUGCUGUGUCCCAUGGAUGACAGCCGUGUCAUCUGUCAGUCGUCAGCGCACCUGCGCCAGCACCAUCUCCCCGUCGAUGCUACUCUCACCUAUGCCACCCUCGACUCUCGAGGCAACAUUGUGCUCCAGCAGUUCAAAAGUGAGACUCAUGGCCAGUCUUCCCAGGAAGAUAUGGAGAUGGAUGGCACCAAAGGUGGAGGCACCGAUGGGGUCGCCGACGCACACAGGAGUGCCGCUGCUACUGGAGGGCCAAGACUAGUGGUGGUCGGAGAAGGCGGCUUGGGAGAUGCCAUGACCUACAUUUACAUCCAAGGAGAGGCAGAGUCUGUGGAAGAUGGCAACGAGAUGGAAGCAAGCGAUGCUCACACCAUCACCUUGAAUUCUGCUGACGGUUCGACACUGCAGACGCUGCCUGCCGCUUACACCCAGCACCUGGAGCACACCUAUGGGGAUCUGGUGGUAGUUGGAGGAGAUGGCGGAAGCAACAGUGACACCGGUGGCCUGAGUGAUGGGAGAGCUGUCAGUGCAACCCUACAAGAAGUGACAGCAUCCGGCACUGAUAGUCAGCAAGAUGAGCAAGUAUUACUUCUGUCGGUGGCACCGCUCAAGUUAGAAGAUGAGAGUGAGCAGCCAACAAUAUCCUUGCCAUCAUCAUCACAGGAGACCAUUCAAUGCCAGGAGCCCCAACCCACCUCUGUCAUCAUGGACAAUGUUGUACCUAGCGGGCGAAGUCGCCGCGAAGGUGGCCAUAGGGAUGACACUUUUCCCGACGACGAGACUAGCAUAGAAGCCCGGCUGGCCACGCGCGACGCCUUGCUUCCCCCUCGCCGCAGCCGUCGUUGUGGUGACCCCAGUAAACUCACCUGCCCCAUCUGCCACUCCCAUUUCAAAUCGGCUCGACAUUACCACAGCCACCUGCACGUACAUAGAGGCCAGGGCUUGUGGCACUGUGAUAUAUGUGAGUACACCUGUGAUUCAGCUGUUGAGUUAAGGCUACACAAAACACAGCUGCAUCAAGAUGCUCGGCCCUUCAAGUGCCCCAACUGCCACCUGAGCUUUCCGAAGAGUCUGAUGCUCGAGGAUCACAUACGGAAUGUCCAUAACAAAGAGCGACCUUACACCUGCUCCUUUUGCACCAAAGGAUUCUAUCGUCCUCAUGACCUGAAGAUGCACCUCAACCUGCACCUGGGGAUCAAAAGUAAUGUGUGCCACAUAUGUGGACGCCAGUUCAGCCACCCCUCCAACCUUAUCCGUCACCAGCGUCUACACACUGGUAUCAAGCCGUAUGUAUGCGCCACAUGUGGGAAGCGUUUCACACAGGUGACUCUCCUGCACAAGCAUCGAACAACUCACCAGCCCGGAGCUGGGGUGUGUUCACUGUGCCCCUCCACUUUCCGCAGUGCGGCUGGACUAAGGAAACAUUCCAAGUUAGAACACAAGAAGCCAAUGACGCUGCAAGAAGCUGCACGCAUCAUCCGCGGACAGCGAGGGGCAGCUGGACGAAGCUAUUACUGCCGAGUAUGUGGUGCCCAAUUCUCUCUGAAGUCAGAACUGAAGGACCAUGAAGAAGAGGAGCACAGCAAGAACACACAGCAUGCAUGUGCAUCCUGUAAUAAAGUUUAUUCUAUCUCUGAAGUUAAGACCCACACAUGCCUCACUGCCGAGGAAGAAGAACAGAGGAACCGUCUGUGUAGCCCGCCGCGUUCUGUAUCUCCAGAAGCCACUAUAACAGCCAUAGCUUCUACCUCAAUGAUGCGAUCACCUGGUGGCAACAACUCCAAGGAUCAGGAGGAGGCUGAAGAGGAGGAAGAAGAAUACUUAGUCAUGUACAUUACACCAGAAGGAGAAAGCGUUUCAUACGUGAUGAAAAAAGGUAGCAAAGUGUCUCGAGAUGCAGUCCUUCAAGUGGACGCACCAAGGACUGACCAGCUGCACGAAGAUGGCUUUUCUCGACCAACACUGCCUGAAGAGACGAUCAUGAUAAAUGUGCAAGAACGUCCCCUUCUCCCCCAUGACAGCGACGACCACACCAUCAUACACUGUCCCGAGGGCCAGGAUGACAUUCUAGCACCUCGCAAUGGACACUUGUCAGACCUCAAUGAUGAUAACCCUGAUUCACCUAUGGCAGUACAUAGCAUAAAAUUAGAGCCCCAAACCUCAGAUGAUAUGUCCACAAAUCCCACUGGCCUAAUGUCUAAGUCUCUAUUGCCAUUUGGCAUUCCAAAUAUCAUGCCCGAUGCAUCAAAAAUGCAAAAGAAAUCCAUCCUACAACCUAUCUCCAUUAAAGGCAAAGCCGAGGAGCUUGAAAUUAAGAAGGAACACCUUGAGAGCGGGACAGAAACCAAGGAAGAUGCGAGCACGCUGGAUGCCCUGAGGUGCAAGGACUGUGGCAAGACAUUCCAGAAGCAGUGGAACUACCAGCAGCACAUUGCCACCCAUGACGCCUCACUACACAGGUACAAGUGUGGCCUGUGCACCCUCACCUUUGCCUACCGCUCCACCCUUAACAGGCACAUUGAGAAGCAUCGCUCUAAUCACCAGCUUCAUCAAUGUAAACAGUGCAGUAAGGCGUACAAGUGUCUCUCCUCCUUGAAGCAGCACCAUAAACGUGAUCACAUGCUCCAGCGACCUUUUGUGUGCGAUCUCUGUGGAAAAGAUUUUUUCAGCAAGAGUGACUUCAAAUACCACAUGAGGGUCCAUAAGAAGGAACAGCCAUACAUGUGCUUUGCCUGCGGUCGAGAGUUUUCCCACGUGUCUCAUCUGCAUCGUCACGAGAGGGUUCACACUGGAGAAAGGCCUCAUAAAUGUCCAUUCUGUCCCAAGAAGUUCAUCCAGUUCGUCACUCUUAAAAUUCAUCUCAAAAAGCACGAGAAGAAAGGUACUGAAGAUCUGGACAUGAUCACGGGCGAUGCCAGGUUCUCCGAUUGUGAUGUGGGCAUCAACUUAGCUGUGGAAGGAGACAUUGUAAAUAACGAGGGCACUGCUGUUGGCAACAUGAGCAACGGCAUGGGCAGCGGAGAGGGAGAAGGGCUUAACACAAGUAGAAACCCAGUAGAUUCACUGGCUGUACACGGUGAUUCCGACACUAGGCUCGAUAGAUCGGUGAUGGGCCAUUCAUCUUCGGCAAUGAUGAGUUCGGCAACAGAUCCGCCAGAAUUAUCUGGAAAUCGGUUGCCGCCAGGUACAAUCAUACUAGCUCAGGGCAAUCUAAAUGGUACUCACACCAGUGGGCAGUUCAGCGGGGGGCACACAGCUGUUGUUACGGGUAUGGAUGGCGACUGUAUUGCCAUCUUUGUUCAGGAAAGCUUAGAGUGAAGCUAGAGUUGCAAGUUUGAAUUAUCAAAAAGUAGGUAUGAAGAUGACUAGACUGAUGCAGUGUUCUUGCAAACUGUAAAUAAAUUCAUUCCAAUUUUAUUUAAAUUUGUACAUUAUCAUUUGUGUAUACAGCAUUAAAUUAUUUCUUUACCAUUCGUAUAUUUUGCAUAUAUUAUGCAGUGUAUAUUUUAAUAAAUAUUUUUGUUGCCUCAUUAUUUUUUAUCCUGAUGGAUAUUACCCAGUAAUGCAGUAAAUACUAAAGUACACUUUAUGACGAACUUAAAUAUAUAGAACAGGCCCUUGCAUAACGCUUAAAAUGCAACAAACUUCCCCAAGCACAAGUGCUG